ACACCCAAGUGCCCGGUCUCCCUCAUCGAUCGCCAUACAGUACACGCUCCUCUCUCCCUCUCUCUCAACAUGAAGCCCCGCAACAGGAAGAUUCUGCUCCACAACGACGAUGCGUCGGGGACCUCCCGCGAACCACCACCACGAUCCAGCUCCGACUCACCGCCACCGCUACUCCACCAGUACCCCACAAAUAACGCCUCUUAUUCCCCACUGAUGAUUAAGAAAACGCCCACUCCCCCUACCACCGAUACUAACACAGUCCCCUUUGACUCCUCCAUGGCCCUCACAGUCUUUGUCCUCCUCGUCGCCCUCUUCUUCAUGGGCUUCUUCUCCAUCUACAUUCGCCGCUUCGCCGACCCCUCCUCAGUCGACCUCUCCCGCCGCCGCCACCCCCGUCAACCCCCCUCCUCCUCGUCUUCCUCCUCCCUCCCUCCACCGCACUCCGCCGUCCCCCGCAAGGGCGGCCUCCACCCCUGCGCCGUCAGAUCCCUCCCGCUCUUCACCUACGCCGCGGACGCCGACGACGACCCCGGCGAAUGCGCCGUCUGCCUCGGCGAGUUCCACGUGAAGGAGACCAUCAAAGUGAUUCCUUUCUGUCGGCACGUGUUCCACCCCCUCUGCAUUGACACGUGGCUCUCUUCGCACGCGUCGUGCCCCCUCUGCAGGACCACGCGGCUGUUCCCGACGAAGGAGGGCGUCGGCAGUGGCGGCGGAGGAUUGGAUGCGCUGGACGGCGAAGGUAAUCUGAGCGCCAGUGAAUUGGGGCGCAGAUCGGCGGCGGAAAGUGAUGACACGCGGAUGGAGAUGGCGACAGGGGGCAUGAGGAGGACGAUAAGUUUCUGACACUAGGCAGGUGCGACACAACACGUGUAUGCAUGUACAUACAAAACGACAAUCAUGAUCAAUCAAGUUAGAGAUAAAGUCAGAAAGUGUUGAUGGGAGCAUUAUUGAGAUCUAAUUGGCGUUUUAUAUUUUCAAGAGGGGCCUCUGAAGGUCUUUUGGUGGUUGAGGACACCCAGUUGGUUAAGAGGGUGGUUGUUGGAUAGAGGGGAAGGCGGCAGUGGUGGUUUACUCCAGUUAAUGGUCCUUCUAGAUUACCCCUAGGUUUCAAUUUUGGCAGGAGUUGGGGGAUUGUGUUUUCCUAAAUGUUGGAAUUGAUGUGAUUUCAUUGAUGUGAUCCCAAGGGGGUGAAUUGAGUUUUAAAAAUUUUUUAAUUAAUUUAAACAUUUCAUCGAUUUAUUAUAAAUCAUAUCUCAUUUAAAUUAAA